AGAGCUCAGUAAUAGCAAAAAUAGUGAUGAUAUUGGCUGAAACUUUUUUGUUUUUUUUAGCUCUGAUCGAUAACGGUGCUAUAUUAUUUCUUUUAGUUUACUAUAUAAUAACAUUAUCUGAUUUAGAAUGCGAUUAUUUGAAUGCCCAAGAGUGCUGCGAUAGACUAAAUUAUUGGUUACUACCAAAAUAUAUCGCUCAUUCGUUUAUUACUAUUUUGUUACUACUCCAUGGUCAUGUCAUUCUAUUUUUAUUUAAUUUGCCCAUGUUUAUUUAUUUAACGUUCGAAUAUUUUACGAUACCGCAAGGAAAUUUAGGUGCAUAUGAUCCUGCUGAAAUUCAUAACAGAGGUCAACUUAAAAAACAUCUUAGGGAUGUUAUGAUCUACAUUGGAUACUACUUGCUAUUUUUCUUUAUUUAUUUGUAUUGUUUUAUUUUGGCCUUGUUAAAAGGAGAUCCUAUUCGUCGUGGUAGUGAUGACGAGAUUGUGACGGAAAUUUAA